UGAUAUUGAAUACUGUUCGUUAUCUCCAUAUCCUUCAUUCUUUGUAAAACAAAGCCAAGGUCCUCCAAUUAACUUUUGGAAUCCUUAUUCCCGGCGAUUCUAAUUAUAUCCCCUUUAUAACUCAGUUUUUCUUAAAAUUAUUUAAAAAUCUUGCUCUGGCAUACAAAUCAGAAAUAUAUUGACGACAUUUUAUCUAUUAAUUAACAUUGCCCCCUUUCAUUCAAACGUUGCAUGUACGUGAACACUUUCUAAGUUUCUACAAGUGUGCUUAUAUAUUAAAUAUAAGAAAUUCAUUUUCAAAACGUUUACCUUUAAAACAUAAAUAUUUUAUCUCCUUUCUUUCAAUCAAAAUACUUGUCAAGGACAUACAUACAUGUGUGAACUAAGUUCAAAGCAUAUUAAUUAAAUUGUCACAAAGAGGACCCUGACCGAGAUGAAAGAAGAGAGGGCACAAAGGUUCCAUCUUUGAUCCUCAGAUUUACACAAGAUCAACCCAAAUUAUUGAAAUCUAUAAUUCACAGAUAAGAGUCCUGAUGAUCCUUUGUUUUGUGGCAGUACCAUCCUGCAGGACUCGCUCCGUGGAAGAGGUAUUCAAUCAAGGUACUGCAGUUGAUUCGGGUCCUUCCAAAAUAAAACCAGAAAAGGACAAUCCCAUCGACAACAACAAUGAAAUUCCCAUACUGUUCCAGAUGGAAGGAGUAGGAGGAUCGUCAACUCCACCUUUAAUUACUCAGCCCAUUGAACUAGAGGAAUCUGGAUUAGACAAGAAGGUGCUAGGACUGCCGGGAUGGGAGUACGUCAUGGUUUCUCUGGUUGUUGUGGCUGCUGUUGGAGUUGGAGGAAGUGUCGCAAUCGUCUGCAAAAAGUGUUGUGGUUUAGCGGGAAAAGGUGUUACUAAGAAAAGUGAAGGUGAAGGACAAAUAAGAACGUCUUAAUUGUCUUACUUUAGUUUAUUAUAUGUGGAAGGAGUGACAGUAGAAGAAUCAUUUUAUUUUUGACCACAUCUGAUACUGUACAAUACGAUUAUAGUAGACUCUAUAAGCUCAUCUGAAAAAAAAAGGAACUCGAAAGGAUACUGUAUUUGAUUAAUCCAUACAUGCUGAAAGAGCAUCAAAUAUUGUUUUGAUUGGGAAACUUCUACAUUUAAUGAUCACUUAUGGUGUAGAUUUUAAUAUACUUGUUUUCAUACAAACAUUUCAAGUCACUUCAAAUCUAAUGCUUCGUUUAAGG